AAUGGCUAUGUUUGCUUCUGCUUCUUCUUCCCAAGUUCCUUCUGGAAAUUAUGAAGUUUUCAUCAGCUUUAGAGGAUCAGACGUCAGAUUUGGUUUCCUCAACCAUUUGACAAAUGAGUUGCGUCGAGAGAGCAUAGAUGUCUAUGUGGAUGACAGGCUCGAAAGAGGAGAAGAAAUAUCAUUAGCGCUUGUAAAAGCAAUAGAAGGAUCCAAGAUAGCGUUGGUGAUAUUCUCAAAAGAUUAUGCUUUUUCACAGUGGUGCUUGGAAGAGCUUGUCAAAAUCAUAGAAUGCAAGGAAACUGGUAAGCAGACUGUGAUACCAAUUUUUUACCACGUAGAUCCAUCAGAUGUCAGGCACCAAAGAGGCACUUAUGAGGAGGCAUUCACUCAUCAUGAACAGAAGUUCAAAGACAACGUGCAAAAGUUGCAAAUUUGGAGAUCUGCCUUGAAAAAAACUGCAAACUUAUCUGGUUAUCAUUCAUCACAUUUUCGAAAUGAACCUGAACUCAUCAAUGUAAUAGUUGAAAAUGUCUUAAGAAAAUUGGAAGAUAACAGUUCAAUUGUGCUGGGAUCUCAACUCACUGGAUUUCAUCAAAAUUUUACUAGUGUUGAAUCAUUAAUGGAAAAUGAGUUGCCAGAAGUUCGAGUUCUUGGAAUUUGGGGCCCAGGAGGGAUAGGCAAAACAACCCUUGCUCGUGCUAUAUUUCACAAAUUCUCGUCUCAAUUUGAAAGUCAUUGUUUCUUAGACAAUGUGAGAGAAGAAUCAACAACGGUUGAUGGUUUGAGUCCUUUGCUUCAAAAACUUUUUUUUGAGCUAUUAGAUAAAAAAUACGACAUAAAUAUGAACCGAGCAGUGAGAAGGCUGAAACAAAAAAAAGUGUUAAUUGUACUUGAUGAUGUGGACAAUCCAAAGCAACUAAAAGAUCUGGUUGGACAACAACUUUACUUGGGAAGGGGCAGUAGAGUCAUUGCAACAAGUAGAGACAAGCAUGUUCUUAAGAGUGGAGGGAUUCAUGAAAAAUAUAUACAUGAAGUCAAAGAAUUGAGUUUAGAAGAAUCACUUGAACUGUUCAGCAUGCAUGCCUUCAAUCAAAAUCAUCCCAUUAAGGAAUAUGAAGAGCUAUCAAAUUUGACAGUUGCCUUGGCUGGAGGCAUUCCUUUAGCUUUAGAAGUUCUAGGUUCCCAUUUUCAUUCUAGAGAUGAAGCAUAUUGGAAAAGUGAGCUUAGCAAACUCCAAAAGUAUCCCCCUCAGAAUAUUCAGGAUAGAUUGAAGAAAGAUCAAGUUAUUCCUGUGCUAGAGGCUUGUGGUUUCAAAGCGGUUAGUGGAAUACAAAAUCUUAUAGAUAAAGCUCUCGUGAAGUCAGGAAAUCGAUGA